UUCCUGGUCACGUUGCGUGCUUCUCUUUGUUUUCCACCAUGAAAUUGAUUAUCCUUGUUGGUCUGCUGGUUGUCGUCGCAACGAGCCUGGCUGACGAGGAGCAAUCUCUGCAUUCCGAAUGUUGCCGCGCGCCGAAGUACACUGUCGCGCUGUCUUCGUUACUGGCGCUCAGUGAAGGCGCAGCUAAGCCCUCAAAUGGAGUUGCCAAUAAAGCGCCAACUGGAGAAGCCCAUAAUCCAAAGCCGUGGAAUUACGCCGUCCGUGUCGGCAAGAUCCUGCACUUGACCUCUUUGCGCUCCUUCGAAUCCCUUAAACACCACGACAAAAUCAUCCACCCGGGAAACCCAUACCUCGAAUCCCUGCAAAUCAUGAAUUUGACGAACCAAAUCCUCAAGGAAGCCGGCUGUACCUCGGGCUGGAACAAUGUGCACGAUGUCGUGGUGUUGGUCACCGGCAGCACCGAUAACUUCAAGAACGUUCGCAUGGCCAUGGGCGAAUUUUGCGGUAGAACAGAAAACAACUGCCUUGAUUAUCCUUGGAUCGCCCAUUUUCGGACUGCUCUUGCUUUACGCAGCAGCGCCACUGUCGAGUUCGCAGUACAGGCCAGUAACUGCAACUUUACAGGCGAGGUGGUUGGCCGGGAUCAUCAUCCGCAGCCCGAAUGCUGCAGCGAGCCAGAACAUACUAUCUCUCUGAAUUGGCCUCGUUCGCUGGACACGGCAGCUAAACUUGAACGCUUAAACUACUCGAAGCCGUUCGCCACUCGUGUCGGCAAGAUCCUGUAUCUAAUGUCCGUGCAAGUCCCCGACGACUUCCUCGGCGACACCACCCGUACUGAGACUAUCACUUACCAGGAAGUCCAGUGGGUCAUGGAAUGUAUAAAGGAUAUCCUCCACGAAGCCGGCUGCACAUGGAACGAUGUGCACGAUGUGGCGGUACUGGUCACCGACGGCCUCACACAUUACACCGACAUUGACCAUGCCGUGAGGGCUUUCUGUCAGAGGCCAGACAUCAACUGCCCUGGUUUUCCUUGGGCUGCCCAUUUGCGCUCUGCUCCAUCUCUCGCCGGCAACGCCACCGUCGAAUUCACAGUACAGGCCAGCAACUGCAAAUGGAGCUACGCGAUAUGGGCUUGGGAGUAG